AUGCAAAUAUAUGCUAUUCUCCAACAGGUCACAACUAAUCGUCUCUCCACACCAGUCAUCAAAAUGUUCACAGCGCAAGACUACAUCGAACCGACUGCUUAUAACGUACAUUGGAAGAACGUUGGGGGCAGUACAGAGAUAGAUGAAUACAAAAUCAGUGUGCGGCCAGUGGAGGUGGAUUACUCAAUGGGAGAAGUGAAUGGUAGGCCAAUCGGUGAAUGGGUCGAAUACUCACCAGUUCGACCAAACUGCGCGAGUGAUGAUCAACGCAGGGAAGCUGAAGCGAUUUGCCAAUAUCGUGUGGAGAACCUGAAGCCGGACACAGCCUACGAAUUGGAGCUGUCUGGUCAUAACAAUAUGGGAUUUUCCGAGGCUCAAAGAAUCAUAUUUCGCACGUCUUCUCUAUCCGGGGCCACUGGAAGGAUGCUGAACAUGCCAUCGUAUCUGCAGCACACGUCGAGUGCACCAUCGCGGAUGAAAGCACAGUCCAUGGUGCAUCAAGUGCUGUUAAUUCUAUCGCUUAUCCACGUGUGCAGCAUAAUUUAACUGGGGAAACACAAUGAAUUGCCCAAAACCAAAACUAGAUAGAUU